CGCAACUCUCCAUCUGGCCCCAUGCCUCCCUCGAAACGCGCACAAGAAGAUCCACAGUCUCUCAAAGAGAAGCUGCACUCACUCCAGGGUACUGGCGCCCGUGGACGUCGGAAUGGCCACACGAAUGCUGCGAAUGGGAGUAAUUUGAAAGAGGUCAUGUCCUCGAAUGGGGACAACGCUUCCACCAACAGUGGGCAGAACGAGCAUACCUCAGGAGGAACUCGGUGGGACACACAAGACACGGCCGUUCUCCAAAACUAUCGACGAGCCUAUCGCAUCGACACUCAGCCCCCAUUUAAAAACCCCCUCAGUCACGUCGUCCUCAACCAGGGCAUCGGUCGGUUCUCACCCACAAUGGCGCGCCCAAAAUCAAAGACUAGGGUAGAGAAGAGCCAGGUGGCUUUGGCUGUGCGGAAAAACUUCAAUGCGCAAGCCGUGUCGGAAACGAACUGCAUCGUGGAUUGGAUCUACACAGUCAAGAACCAAGACAAAGAGUUCAGAGUACGAUUUGCGCCGCCUCGAAAAUAA